AUGAUGAAAUAUGCUAACAACCCAAUCCUAAUGGAAGAAGUCUUUAAGCUGGUUUCGAAUAUGUACUCUAAAGGAAAAGUACCCAAAGACUUUACAACGACGAAAACGGUAAUGUUACCAAAGAAAGCAAACACCUUGAAGUGUGAGGAACACAGAACGCUUAGUUUAGUAUCACAAGCUUUAAAAAUCCUACUAAAGAUAAUACAGUAUCGCAUAAGAGAUAAGAUUGAGAGCAACCUAGGAAACGACCAGUACGGAUUCAGGAGGCAUAAGAGUACUAGAGAAGCAAUACUGGCAUUGAGACUGACCUUAGACUGCCGUUUAGAUAUAGGCCAUAAUACAAGUGUAGCUUUUAUAGACCUGGAAAAGGCUUUUGACAAGGUGGAUUGGAAGCUGAUGAUGGGCAGACUUAAAGAAAUAGGAUUAGACUACAGAGACCGAAAGAUAAUAUAUGAACUAUACAGACAACAAGAAACGAUUAUAGAAGUAGGGAAGGAAAAGGGAAUGGCUAAAAUAAAACAGGGGUUUCCCAGUACCCAGGACCCGGACGAUGCGACUCAAGUUUCGUCACCAGUUACGACGCAAUGUUCUUACCAUUCGACACGAGUCCAAGGCGACCAGUCGCAAGAAAAAAAUGAGAAUGAAUUCAGUACUGCGGAGAUACGCAAAACAUUCGUGAAAAAGGUGUACGCAACUUUGACGGUUCAACUGAUGGUGGUUUUGGGCUUCAUUUUGUUCUUUUCCUUUCACCAGCCCACGAAGCACUGGGUACAAAACAAUACUUACAUUCUAUACAUAUCCCUAGCCGUGGCGUUCGUGAGUAUCGUCCUUUUGGCGUUAUUCAUGGACUUUCGACGCAAGGCGCCAUGGAACUAUGUGCUUCUAGGCGCCUACACCGUGGCAGAGGGUGUUAUUCUGGGAGUGCUGGCUAGUUGCUAUGCGCGUAAUGCGGUGCUGACGGCAGUCGCCAUUACAGCAAUCAUAACUCUGGCUUUAACGGUAUUUGCGCUAAAAUCUAAAUAUGACUUCACCACGUGGGGAACAUUCUUGAUAUGCUUCUCAAUACCCAUCUUAAUUCUUGGAAUCAUCUGCAUAUUCGUCCGCAACAACAUUAUCUACUACGUUUACUCCGCCGUCACAUGUGUCAUGUUUUCUAUGUACCUCGUGUACGACACGCAACUCAUGUUAAUGGGCAAGCAUAAGUACACUGUAGGUCCGGAUGAUUAUGUGUUCGCGACGCUGAACUUGUACGUAGAUAUUGUCAAUAUUUUCAUGAUAGUGCUGGACUUUUUGUUUAAAUCGAAGAAGUAGUCAGCAUCAUUAGGUUAUGCUGCUUCGGUGUGUGCGCUA